AUGGAGAACGCAAUGUUGGCCAGCCUCAUCGGCGACAUGCCGCGCAGCUGCACCCCAGGCGUGCCGCAGGCAGCACUCCAGGCCGAGGCGUACAGGAUCGACGCCCUGCAGCAGGCCAUCCUGGCCACCCUCAACGGCACAAGCAGCGGCGCGUUCGGCCAGCCCGCCGCCGCCCCACAGCCCACCAGCCUCUUCUCGACGCCCGCGCCCGCGCCUGUGCCCGAGCUUGCGGCGCCGCACGCGGCGCCACUCACGCGCGCCUUCGGCGGCCCUGCGGCGGCGCAGGCGGCGGCGGAACGCUCUUCUGGCUCCCGCGGCAGCGGCGCCAACAGCGGCGGCACCAGCGACACCGCCGCCGCGGUCGCCGCCGCGUCGGACGACGCCGCGGGCGGCGCCCUGAGCCGCGGCGGGGCGGCCGCGCCGCGGCGGCUGCAGGCGGCACGAGAGAAGAACCGGCUGGCGCAGCGGCGCUUUAGGGAGAAGCAAAAGUCGACCAUCACUGUCCAAAAGGAGAAGAUCGACGGCAUGACGCGGCAGGUUGAGGACUUGAGCAGGGAGGUCCAGAUGCUGCGAGAGGAGAAUAGCUUGCUGCGCUCACAGCUGGUGGGCGGCGCGGCGCUGCGCAAGGAACUCAUCAAGCGCAGGCCCGCGGCGUGA